AUGUCCAGCACCGCCAAGCUCAAGGCCGUCCGUGAGCUGCUCAAGCGGAAGCAGUGGGACGACGUGCUGCAGCAGUGUCAAGACAUUGUCAACGACGACCCCAAGAACUUCCAGGCCCAUAUCCUCAUCGGCUUCGCCUCCGCUGAGAAGAGCCGGCUAGAGGAUGCCGAGAAGGCCUACGAGGCUGCGAGUCGUCUCAAGGCCUCGGAUCCCCAGCCGUGGCAGGGCCUCAUCAAGCUGUACGAGAAGCAAGGCCCUGCCAAGCUCACCAAGUACCGCCAAGCCGCCCUGAAGCUUGCCGCUAUUUUCAACACCCAAGAUGACAUGUACAAGUGCCAAGACGUCGUCGACAAGUUCGUCGACUUCGCCAACGCCCAGGGGAACCGCGCCCAGUAUGUUGAGGCACUGGCCGUCCUCCUCCCAGACAGCCCCAUCUACCCUGCUCUCGAGGGCCGGGUACCUCACCCUGCCAAGACCUACGAGAAGAUUGCCCAGAUUGUCGAGACCGACGAGAAGAAGCGCAUCAACACGCUCAUCGGCGAGCGGCGAACCAGGAUUGGCGCCACACUCAGCACAGUGACCGUCGAGGUCAACCGCGAGGUGCUCACGCAGAGCCAACUGGGCCAUAUCUAUGAGCAGCUCAUCAACUGGUCCACCGACGAUGACAUCAGACGCCGGUACGAGGAGAAGCUCCUGCAGUUCCGAUAUGAUCGCCUGCUGGUCUUUGUUCCCGGACCCGAGAAAGAAUCUGAGCUUGCUACCGUUCAAAAGCUGGCCCACGACAUGGUCAUCAUUGACCACCCUUUCCGACUCGCCUGGGACAUUUCCGUAAACUGGCAGGACUGCAGAGAGCUCAAAGACUGGGAUGCCACCGUUCUCAACGGCUAUUGUUCUCACUUUCCGGAAAGCGACCUCUACAAGGUGCUUACCGGUUUCAUGACCAGCAAGAUCUCUCCAUUCCCCAAGAGCACGCCACCUGCCCAGGAUACCACGGACCAGUCUGGCGAUGCCGAUGACACUAGUGAAGAUGAUGAGGAGGGCGGUGCCCCAACCUCAGUUAUACCAUUCACCGAUGAGGACAGGCUGGCCAUGAUGGAAGAAGGCGUCGAGUCAACAGACUCUCUCCUCGCCUACCGCCUGAUUGGCGAGUACUACCAGCAUCUUGAGGAGCACGAACGCAAUGUAGAGCUCAUGCGGAAAGCGAUGAAGCUCAUGGUCGAUCUGACUAACAAGAUUGGAAAAGUGUUUCUGCACACAAACCAGGCUUUCAUGUUGUAUUUGGGUAUGGGUUUGGUUUUCUAUCAGUCGCCCCGAAACCACGGCGAAGCCAAGUUCCUGUUUGAGAAGGUCCUGGAAGUGGAUCCCUCAUCAACGCCUGCUCAAAUUGGUGUCGGUCUCAUCUACGAGGAGGAAGAAGAAUAUGAUGCAGCCAUUGACUUCCUUGAGCGAGCACUGAAGCGCGAUGCUAGCAAUCUCCGUGUCGCAGCCGAGGUUGCUUGGCUCUAUGCUUUGAAAGGCGACUUCACAAGGUGCAAGUCCGACCUUGAAUCUCUCCUUCACACCAUGUCCGAAAAGGGCGCUGCCUCAAAGGAGCUCCUUGCGCAAACUCAGCACCGCUUGGGUGUCUGCAUCUGGAACCUGGAUACGUCCAAAGCGGCCAGGAAGAGCCGCACUGGCGCAUAUGGGUACUUCCUGGAUGCUUUAAAGAGCGACUUCAGCUAUGCCCCAGCAUAUACAAGUUUGGGAGUGUACUACGCAGAAUAUGCCAGGGAUAAGAAACGCGCUCGCAAAUGCUUCUUGAAAGCCGUUGAACUAUCACCUUCGGAGAUCGAGUCUGCUGAACGCCUGGCAAGGUCCUUUGCCGAUGACAGCGAUUGGGAUCGUGUCGAGCUCGUGGCACAGAGAGUCGUGGAUUCCGGAAAGGUGCGACCUCCCCCCGGCUCUAAAAGAAAAGGCAUCAGUUGGCCGUUUUCUGCCCUCGGUGUCGCGGAGCUGAAUAAGCAAGAUUAUGGCAGGGCUAUUGUCUCCUUUCAGUCGGCUCUGCGCAUGUCACCGCACGACUACCACUCAUGGGUAGGCCUUGGUGAGAGCUAUGCAAAUGCUGGCCGGUUCAUCGCCGCUACGAAGGCCAUCAACAAUGCGCAAAAACUGGAGGACUCCGCCGAUACUAGUCUUGGCGAUACCUGGUUUACAAAAUACAUGCUUGCUAAUGUCAAGCGUGAAAUUGCCGAGUAUGAUGACGCCAUUGAUUUGUACUGGGAAGUUACCAAGACACGGCCCGACGAACAAGGUGUUGCCAUCGCCCUCAUGCAGACGAUGGUUGAGAGCGCUUUGGAUGGUUUGGAUAAAGGCUUUUUUGGGAAGCCCGUUCAACUAGUCAACGAGACCCUCACUUAUGCGUUGACGGUAUCGCGUGAGGUGUCGUCGACGUUCAACUUUUGGAAAGUAAUCGGCGAUGCUUGUUCGGUGUACUCCUCAGUCCAAAGCCGAGUCGAAGAAUUCCCGACUGAAGUCAUCCGCAAUCUUAUUGACCUUGGAGAGGACCACGACGCUGCCUACGCCAUCUUUCAUGAUGUUGACGGAGUUGAAAAGGGUGUGAUCUUCGCCGAGGGCAUUUUCGCGGAGGACGAGCGACUUGGCGUGGAUCUUACACGAAGCCUUCACGCAACAAUCUUGGCCCAUAAGCGAGCUGUCUUUCUCUCGACAAACGAUGUGCACGCUCAGGCUGUCGCGCAUUACAAUCUCGGUUGGGCUGAGUACCGUGCUCAUUCCUGCUUGCCCGCCGAAUUGAAGUCUAAGCCCAGUCGCUACCAUAAAGCAGCCGUCAGAUGUUUCAAGCGCGCCAUUGAGUUAGAAGCAGGCAAUCCGGACUUCUGGAACUCAUUGGGUGUUGUGACGAGUGAAGUCAAUCCCUCUGUUGCGCAACAUGCAUUCGUACGAAGUUUGUAUCUGAACGAGAGAAGUCCCCACACAUGGACGAAUCUUGGUGCCUUGGCUCUUCUCCAAAACGAUAUCAAGGUCGCAAAUGAAGCCUUCACGAGAGCUCAAUCCAACGACCCGGACUACGCCCAUGCUUGGCUGGGACAAGGAUUCGUCGCCUUGCUGUAUGGUGACGCGAAGGAAGCGCGCGGCUUAUUCACGCAUGCCAUGGACAUUGCCGAGUCGUCAUCUCUGAUCACGCGGCGGCAAUUCUCAGUCUCGCUUUUUGAUCAUAUCGUAACCAACCCGCCAAAUUUGAGUGUCAUCUCCUUGGUGCAACCCCUGUUUGCCCUCGGACAGUUGCAAGGGUUGGAUCCACAGAGUAUAUCUUAUGGCCAUCUCUCCACUCUCUUCGAGGAGCGUACAAACGACAGUCCCAGGGCUAUCGCUACACUGGAGCAGGCUUGUGAACAGUUGGAGGCGAAUUACGAAGCUACCGAGUCGCCACUGUCUGCUGGUCGGUUUGCUUUAGCCAAGACGGACCUCGCCCGUUCUUAUCUUGCUGCCGGCGAGUAUGAAAAGGCCAUCGAGUGUGGAGAAGUGGCCUUGGAGCUCAGCAGUGUGGACUCGGAGAGCGACCUGACUGCUGAGCAACGAAGGCAGGCCAGACUCUCGGCGCAUCUUACUGUUGGUCUUGCACAGUACUUCAGUGAGAACGUGAACGAGUCGCUCUCGUACUUCGAGUCUGCCCUUGAAGAGUCAAGCAACAACCCGGAUGCUGUUUGCCUGUUGGCACAAGUCUUGUGGGCUGUUGGCACGGAUGAGGCACGUGACCGGGCUCGAUCAAUGCUGUUCGAGGUGAUUAGCGAGGAUUCGACCCAUGUUCAGUCGGUUCUGCUACUAGGUGUCGUUGCCCUUCUAGAUGCAGAUGAGGAGUCCCUCGAAGCCGUCGUGGCAGAGCUCCAAACCCUACGGACAAGCGACAAAGUCACAGAUGCCGAGCACUCCCAAAUUGGCGAUGUAUUGCGAGCAGUGGCUGCCCUGUCAUCAAACAGCACCGAUGAUGACGUUACUUCGCAGAUACAGAGUGAUGUAAUGCUAUAUCCGCACCUUCCACACGGGUGGUCUAGACUUGCUGCAGCAAGCGGUGAAGAGUACCCGGCCAAAUUGGCUCUCGAGGUGGCUAUGAAGGCCAUUCCUCCCAGAGGCGAGUUGGGCGCCACCGAUCUGGCGAAUGCCUAUGCCGGCACGGCACGAGCGGCGGAUGCACAGACGGCCAUUUUUAUUGCCCCCUGGUCUAGCCAUGGAUGGGAUUCACUCAACGACGCGGUCGCAGGUUGA